CAGAACCCAGGAAGAGGGUGGAGAAGCGCUCAGCCAGCAAGCUUGUCCCUCGCGGUGCGCCGUCCGCUUCCCGUUGCUAGGGCGCGCGCCGAGCCAUCCCUUAGCAACGGGCCCAAUGGCGGCCGCCGCCGCCCACCCCACCAUCUUCCUCCUCCUGGUCAACGGGCAGAUCGAGAGCGCGCAGUUCCCAGAAUUUGAUGACCUCUACUGCAAGUACUGCUUUGUGUACGGGCAUGACUGGGCUCCGACUUCGGGCUUGGAAGAAGGAAUCUCACAGAUCACUUCUAAGAACAGACACAUCCAGCAAGACCUGGUGUGGAAUUUUCCAAUCGACAUCACUUUCAAAAGCACCAACCCGUUUGGCUGGCCUCAGAUAGUCAUAAGUGUCUAUGGCCCGGAUUUUUUUGGGAACGACGUGGUUCGAGGUUACGGAGCGGUUCACAUUCCUUUCACACCAGGGAGCCAUAAAAGGACCAUCCCAAUGUUUGUUCCUGAAUCUACAUCCAAGCUGCAAAAGUUUACAAGCUGGCUCAUGGGAAGACGACCAGAGUUCACUGACCCCAAGGUGGUGGCGCAGGGAGAGGGUCGAGAAGUGACCAGGGUGCGGUCUCAAGGCUUUGUGACCCUCUCCUUUAACGUGGCGACGAAAGACAUGAAGAAGCUGGGCUAUGAUGUGAGCCCUGCCAGCAUGCACAGCUCAUGAUGUGAGCCUCUGCCAACAUGCACACGUUCACUGAACCGAACAUGAGGACUUCACGUUGAUUCUGGCACCCACCUUGCCCGGUACUUGGAUCAGGAGAACUAUACAUUAGUUCAGGCCCAUCGGUUAUGGGACUACAUGUUUCAUCAUUUGACUGAAAUGGCAUCUUGCCCGUGACUAACAGCUGUUAGUCACAUCAUGCCAGAGGAACACAGUGGAUGCCACUAUUUCCGACCACAGCUGAGGGUGGCUGACAUACCUUUGAAUACCCCUGCAAACAAGCAUGCCUGCCUGUAGACAAGCAACACGACUCUCUAUAGCUUUCUCCUUGAUGCCACAGUUUACCACGUGCAGGGAAGUCGUGUGUGCAGCUACCACAUCAGCCUACAUAAUUUGGAGAGGGUCUCCAGCCCUCGCCAAGCUAUUACUCAGCAGGAGGUUAAUCUCCCAGUUAUCCUUUGCAGGAUUUCUCAGAGCAUGACGACAGUUGUGAGAGAAACCCAACCGUAGGAAGGACUGACACAAAUGCUACCUCCUGCCCCAGAGACAAUGAGCCAUGGACAAGGCUCCAGUGCCUGUCUUGCAAGGUCGUCUUCACACAUUCCUGUUUUGUUCAGAACCAUCCCCAAGCUAGGUCAAAAACAGCUGACCAUCCACAUUAUUUCUAGACUGUUUAUAUCUUCUGUAGUCACCCAGCUUAAACCAGGGGUGUCAAACGGCGUCCCUCCAGCUCCCAUCAUGCCGUCACAGAGGGCAGCAGGCAGGGUUGAUGGGUGUUCUAGGCCAACACCAGUGGGAGGGACGCAGCUUGACACCCCUUAAACUGUGACCCUUAUAGAACUAUGUACACGUUAGCACUGAACAUGCACUAGGGGAGGGGGAGGGGAAGAGGGUCCUGUGUGGCCUUCUGCCUCUCGAACCCCAGCCUCAUCCUAUUUCUUUGCCCUUAUUGGUGGGACUGCUCUAAGCUUGCCCUGCAUCCUCAAGCUGAGGUAAUUGGCUCUGGGGAAACAUGGAAUUAAGAACUGGAUUCCUGCGAGAUCACUGUCUGACCCUCAAAGGAGACGGUGUAUUGUUUGAGACCAUCUUGCAAUAAUAGAACCGAAAACAUUUCUCAGACACAGUAGCAUACUUUAUUAAACUUACGCCUCUGUUUAAAUAUUUACUAGAUCCAAGUGGAUGCUUUUCUUGCUUCCUACUAACACAUCCAGCAUGCAGCCUAAAGAAUCUGUUUUGUAUUCACUUUUUGUACAUUUUAUUUAAAUAAAAAAUUUUCCCAUUG